AUGUGCUUCACCGGGGAUCUCAGUCAGGAGGAACUCGAUUCCUUCCACUCCAAUGGUGAUGGAAGCUUUAAUUUUUCUGCGAAGAACGGAUUUCCGUGGAGGGUUUAAAAGCCAGGCAGAUGUUCUGAUCUAUCUGUAUUUCCAUCGGUAGGAUUUCUGGUGAUCGAGUCGUUUGCAAGCGCGGAGGAGGUACGGUGCAUGAUGGAGCGGAUGGAGGAGCUUCUGGAGGGGUUCGACUGCUCCUCGACCAAUUCCAUCUUCUCGACAACAAACCAGGUCUUUUCCCUAUCUUUCUAUCUAUGUUUCUGUCCUUCUGUAAUUGAUUACAAAUUUAGAGUUUUUAGUUUCACGAUUUGUGCAGUUUUGAGAAUCAGAUCUUUGUCUUUGAAUUCAGAGACGAACGACGGACGAUUACUUCUUCGAUAGCGCUGAGAAGAUUUCGUUCUUCUUCGAAGGUGCGGUUGAAACCUAUCCUUUUCUUUCCCUUCUGCCAUCCUUCCUCGUUGCUGCAGUCUCUCAUUCUUCCCUCCUGCUGUUCCUGGAUGAAGAAGCCCUAGAGUCGGCUACUUGUACCUAAUCGCAUAAUUUCUCUCUGCAAAUUGAUGUGAUCGGGUACCUCGUGGUUCUAUUAGAGAAUGAUUUCACGACGAAAGCUUGCCAUUGAUCCCACUAUACUCCAAGAAGAGCCGAAUUAAAUAUUUUUUUGUAAGUCUACCACUGGUAAAAGUAUAGACUCUCAGAGUUACGAGCAGCAUCAAUGUGUUGAAGUUCUGUAUGAAUCCAAGGCUGUACAUGAAGCUGAGGAAGCUUCAAUCGUCUUCAAUGUGGUGAGGAACAGGCCAACCUCUGACCGUCCCUCUUUGCAAGGAUCAGUCAUAACAUUGUUUAAGUAAAAGAUGUAGCUCUAAAAGUUGCCAGAAUAUUUUAGGAUGUAACCUUAUUCAGGAUGGGUAUAUAUCCCCAACUAUUGUUGUACCGCCAAUGCAGUUUGCAAGUCCCAUUUAUAGGCCUGCAUUGAGGAUCUGAAUACAAGAAUACCAAGAAAAGAUAUGGGCAACCAUUGACCGCUGGCCUGGGUUUCUGAGUUUUAUGAGGACAGUCAGAAAGUGACUCAAUUCCUUGGAAAUGAAAAACCAUGAGCUAGAGGGUUGAUCAUCUAAAUAAUUGCUUUCUGAUAUCUUUCAUCAAUGGCUCUGCCUCUUGCUUGGAACAUAUGGUCUGUAGUUCUCCUUGGUCAUAAUUAGCACCUCUAAAAUGACAGGGAUCCGUGGCAAGACUUUGGCCAGUGUACAAUGGUUGUAGUCCUUGUCCAGGUUGGGUCGUCCGUAGCACCAACCUAAUGUGUUACUAUCUAUUCACCUGAGUGUGAACGUUCCAAAUUACCAGCUGAUAGAACUUCCUCAGGCAUGGUUCAUUUAGCCUACUCAUUGGCAAUGUAUUGCAGAAGCAACUGAUUCUUAUCUAAACUGGCCAAUUACUAAAAUCAAUCGCAGGUGGUCUAAACUCAGUAGAAUCAGGAUAAUUUUCUAUGUUAGCUACAGUUAAUCGGGAAUCAGGUCUGGGCUUAGAACACGGAAAUGGCACUGCAGUGGGUCGUAAUUCGUCGAUUUUUUCCUAGAGAAUUUAUUAAAUUAGCCAAUUUGGGCCAAAUAUUCUGUUUGUGCCCGGUGUUAAUAACCAUCAAUUCAGCUGCCCAUGCCAUUUUUUUCUCUACUGACAUGGUAUUUAUUUUACCAAGUUUAGCCCCUUGUCCUAACUUAAUAGUGCCAUCUUGAUUUCCCGUUCUUGAGAAUCUUCCUAUGCUCACAAAUGUGCUCCUUAGAAGAGAGGCUUUCACUUUGUGUUUGGUGUUUAGCAAUCAUCAAUUUAACUGCCCCUUCCAAAAACAUUUCUCUACUAACGUGGUAUUUAUUUUCCCAACUUUAGGCCAUUCCUCUUAACUUAAUGGUGACCAUAUCGAUCUCCCGUUCUUGAGCAUCUCUCUAUUCUCGCAAAUGUGCUCCUUAGAAGAGAGGUUUUCACUUUGUGCUUGUUGUUUAUAAUCAUCAAUUCAACUACCAUUCUAGUUUUUUUUUCUGCUACCGUGGUAUUGCUUUGACCAAGUUUAGGCCCUUCUUCCAACUUAAUAUUGACCAUAUUGAUCGCCUUGAGCAUCGUUCUAUGCUCACAAGUGCGCUCCUUAGAAGAGUGGUUUUCACUUAUGAUCUGCUGAUUAUUGGGAGCUUUUUCCUCUAUUAGGCUAUUGUAACUAUCAUUUCUUGGAGAAAUAACGGGUGAAACGAUUUAAACAUAUCUUUUUAACUGCUAGAAGAUUUCCUCGCCUAUCUAGAUAAAAAGUUUAGCUGUAACUGAGCCAUCAAUGCCACUUGAUCAGCGUGCACGUCUUUUUCUGGUUUUCUCCAUUUAAUACUGUGGCAGUGGUACAUGAACGACAUAAAUUUUGAAUCUCCAGGAAAUAUGCUCUUUCUGGUCUUGAGAUAUUGUUCUAGAAUGAUUUUUUUUUGGUUGGAGUUACCUCAAAUGCUUUAGGAUAAAGAAUAUAUCUAUUCAGCUUUAGUUUAGCUGCAUAACAUGAAAAAUCGAUAUUUAAUGUGUAAACUGCAGAGAAGGCAUUUGGAGAUGAUGGAAGAUUAAACCAGUCAAAGCAGCUGUCUAUCAAUAAAGUCGGCCAUGGUUUGUUUCUGCUGUGCCCUUGAUCUGUAUUAAUGGCAUAAAGGAAUACAGUAUCUCUUCAUACAAAUGUUGACACCUGUAUUUAAUUGGUGGUCUGAUUAUGAAUUGUUAUGCCAAUUUGCAGCACUGCACGAACUUGAUCCUGUGUUUAAAAAAUUUUGUUCAUCUGAAAAAAUUGCAAAGCUGCUCUUCUCACUGAGUUACAAGAGGCCUGCAAUCAUUCAAUCUAUGUAUAUAUUUAAGGUACUUGAUAACCUCUCUCUAUCUCUCUCUCUCCAAGAAAAUGCCAUUUAAAUUGUCACCCAAUUUUAUCCCACAGUAUCUCUAGAGUAUAGGGCUUCCGCCCUUAUAUGUAUAGGGAACUUGGCCCAUUUUCUCUCUCUCCUCCUCACCCCUAUAUGUAUAGGACUUCCGCCCUUCUUUUCAAUUGAAUAUUUUAUUUUCUCUGUCCAGAAACUUGUCACCCAAUUUUAUCCCACAGUAUCUCUAGAGUAGCUGAUGCAGGAUUGCACCCCAGAACUUAGUUUUGUCUUGCAUCCCCCCCAUAGCUUCUCUUAUACAGAAUUCUGGCAAAAGGAUGGAACUUCAUAUGGAAAGCUUGAUAAAGAAUCAUGUCAGUGAAAGGAAAUAAACUUAUGAAUGCAGUUAGACCCUUCACAAAAUAGUGGCAGUGCAUCCCUUCAGUACACGCGAGAAAGGCAAAGGAAUACUCAUCCCAUGAUCAGUGGAAUAUCAGUGCAUCCCGCCUCUAUCUUCACUUGUUUUAUGCUCACCUGAAAGUAGAUUAUAUGAUUCAUGGGCUAGCAGACGCCAAGGCUCUUGCAUGGAACCCGUGACAAAGAUCAGGAUUAUGGUAGAAGGAAUUAAUGCCACAUCAUCCGAUUCGUUGUACCUUGGCUGUCAAUGCUAUUUGAUUAGUAUCUCCAUUAGUAUUGAUAUGUUAAGUAAACGGUUUCUUAUGUAAACCUCUCCAGAUUUGUCUUUAUUUUCAUUGUCAUUCAGUCUAUUUGAUGGGGCUUCGUCAAGUUGUGACACUUUGGCCUGAAUUUAGUUCGUAUACCUUACAUAUUUCCAAUGUUCUGGGGAAAAUUCAUCUCUCCCUUUGUACAGCAACCGGGGAUUGGUGGAGAAGUUGUGCCACACCAAGACAAUUCAUUUCUUUUCACAGAACCCCCCUCCUGUCUAGGGUUAUGGCUGGCUCUAGAAGACGCCUCUGUUUCGAAUGGAUGCCUUUGGGCCAUUCCUGGCUCCCAGAAGAGUAAGCGUGCAUCUUGCUUGCACUGGUCAUCUUUAUUUGAUGGGAUUUUAAUAAUAUUGAUCCAUUAUUUCAUGAGAAACCUUUCAUUACAUUAUUUUAUUUUCUGUGUAUCUUCUAGAUGGACUUGUGAGGAGGUUCAUCAGAGAUGAUGAUGGUGUUCACUUUGACAAACCCUCCCAAACUUACAACCGUGAUGAGUUCAUUCCAUUGGAGGUCAGAGCGGGCUCUUUGGUGGUCAUCCAUGGAGAUCUUGUGCAUCAGAGGUCAACCCCACCCACCCUAUCCUAGGUGCCAUUACUGCUAAAUAUAGCUGUGGAAUGCUGUCUGGCUUCAAUCCCUCAUAUCGUCCAUUAAUUACAGUUUCGAGAACCAGUCCCGAAAGUCAAGGCAUGCUCUCAGUUUACAUGCAGUUGAAACCGAUGGAUGCACUUGGGCCGCGGACAACUGGUAUGAUGAUUGCGUUGACCUUUAAUAAUCAGUUAUAAUUCUCAUUUGAUAUUGGUGAGCCGAGGGUUUCUCGAAAAAUUAAGUAGUAUCUCUGUAGUUUUCACAUGCCAAUGCAGACUAUUAUUAUCAUCAUCGUCAUUGUCUAACCAUUUGAUGCUUCUCCAAUGUACUCUUUCCACCAGGAUAAGAAGAAAGAGAGCGCCAGAGCCUCUCCGUGCUUCUUGA